AUGAAUACCAUUGCAUGGAUACGAUUUAUCGUGCUAGCUGUUUGUAUAGUUGUAGUAACAGCGAAAGAUUAUUAUCAAAUCCUAGGUGUCAAACGAGAUGCAAAUGAAAAGGAAAUAAAACGGAAAUUUCGCCAGUUAGCUUUAAAAUACCAUCCAGACAAGAAUAAAGAUCCAAAAGCUGAAGAAACCUUUCGUUCCAUAGCUGAAGCAUACGAUGUGUUGGGUAAUCCGGAGAAACGCCGACAAUACGAUGCUCAAGGACAUCAAUCGUUUACUUCCUCAUCUCAGCAUGGAGGUUCUCACGGUUUCAAUUUUAACAUGCACGACUUCUUCAAAGAAUUCGAUUCUUUCCACCAAGCUCAUCACAAUGCUCAUCAUCAAGCUCAUCAUCAAGCUCAUCAACGCGCUCAUCAGCGUGCUCAUCAACGCGCUCAUCAGCGUGCGCAUCAACAAGCGCAUCAGGGCUUUCAUUUCGAUUUUGGCUCGUUGUUUGAUGAUGAGGAUGACCUCCUCGGAACGAAUAUCCACAGCUUCGGCUCGUUGUUUAAUGAUGAGGAUGACUUCUUCGGAACGAAUGUCCACAGCUUCGACGGAGAUUCUUUCGGCUUUGGAAAUCUAUUCGAUGACUUUAGUGGUAGUCAUCACACAGUGUCGAAACACUCGAAUCAACAUUGUCGAACUGUAACCCGACGUGAAGGAAAUACGGUAUCAACAAUAACAGAGUGCCAUUAG